CUAGAAGAAGGAGGAGGAGGAAAUGGGAGUAGCGCACCUCACAACAGUAGCUCCUCAAUCUUUCUGUGGAGCUUUAACAAUAUAUCUUUAAAGGGAAAACGGCAGUGUUUCUAAGGCACUCGUGUUAUUAGAUGGAUAAAUCGAUAAUUUCAGGUCCAUAAACGUUAUUCCCUAACAAAGCACGAUUGAACAAAUCUAUCCGCUGGUAGCAUCGUCGCCCGAUGAUUUAGCUGCUAAAGGUAACGGAGUCGGACCAAAACAAUGGAGUGCGAGAUAAAGGCCAUUUUCCACCAUGUUGAUGGAAAUCACAAACAGACUUGCAGCAACCUGGAGAGGGCCAGCCAACUCAUCACAGAAGCCUUGCAGUAUGAGUUCCGGCAGAACACAACCCUGCACAUGUUAAUCCACCGUCUGGAAGAGAGGGCAGCUGAGAAUGGAAGGAGCCUAUCAGAGCAGGUGGAGUCAAACCGGCAGCUGAAGCUCCAGGUGGAUGAACUACAGAAACAACUGGAGGAUAAAGACAACUCACUAACACAAGCCAAACAGAGUAUUACUAUGCUGAAGAAUGAACUGAGAGACAUACGGCAGCAACUCCACAGCCAGGAGAAUAGUCAAAGGACGAUUCAGGAAGUGACUGAGUGGCUGCAGGAUGGAGAGAGCCAGCCCAAUGCUGUGAAAGAGGAGGGCAGUGUGCUGCCGAAUACAAUCGUUGGAAUUAAAGAAGAAGUUGCUGAUGAUGGAUAUCCGUGCAAUCAGUCAGAUGACACUGACGACUCCACAGAGCACACCGACCUCUCAUCUGCAGAUAUUAAAGCUGAAAUAGUGAAGAAUUGA